AUGGAGUCUCUACAUUUGUUGAUAUUACAGUUGAUUAUCUAUGCAUGUACGGCAUACGGUGGACCUAUUAAAGAUGAACCAGAACUAAAACCAUGUCCAAAAAUCAAACCUUUCAAUAAAGUCAACAUCGAUCAGUUAUUGGGAAAAUGGUUUUUGGCUAUUAUGGUAAUAGAAUCGGAACAUGAAGAGUUUGUUGAAGAUGGUGUUUGCAUUCAUGGAGAACUUUUGCGAUAUAAUAAAACCACAUUGAGACAAGUAUGGAAUAUCGAUAACCCAUUAUUAAUUGAUGACCACAGUGCUGUGAUUGAACUGCCAACAAUAGAAACCGAAGUAGGAAUUUGGUCAAUACAAAGUCCACUAGGAGGAGACAUAACAGCAACUAUUAUUGAUGCAGACCCUGACACACAUUUAAUAUUGGCGUUUUGUGGUAAAAGAGGAUCUGACUCAUUGCACAUGUGGACUGUAGUUGUAACACGUCAAAAUGGAAUUUCAGCACCAGAAACCUUAAGAUUAUCAGCCAUAUUGGUCAAACAUGGUUAUAAUCCAAUGGCAAGUAAAAUUAUAAGUUGGAAAAAUUGUCCGAUUUACACAAUGAUACCUUAA